GCUUGCAAAUUCUUUUGGACGCUUCUUGAGCAGCUGUGUAACUUGAGUGAGAGCACACACAUACGCUCUCCUCUCUCUCUCCACUCACUGGCUAACAUCCCAGCACAGCGAGCCUGAGUUCAGUUGGUAUUUUAAAUCCCAGUUUGACAUUUCUAACCAUGGCAGACUCCAUGCAGACCGAAGAGCAGGAGAGUCCUGAGGUUCCUGAGGCACAAGAGCAGGAUGAAAGCCCAAAACAGGAGCCCCAGUUCAACGGGGUUCUGGUGCUCACCCUCCUGGACAAAGUGAUGGGGAUGGUCGACAAGAUCCAAACCAGUCAGCAGCAGCUGGAGCAGCGGCAUCUGGAGAUGGAAAAUGCUGUGUUCAACAUCCAGAACGAGCUGAGCAAGUUGACCAAGUCGCACGCGACCACCAGCAACAGCGUUGACAAGAUGCUGGAGAAGAUUCGGAAAGUCAAUGUCAACGUGAAGACCAUCAAGCACAACAUGGAGAAGCAGGGUGCGCAGAUCAAGAAGCUCGAGACCAAUGAGGCCACCCUACUGAAACGGAACAACUUCAAAGUAAUGAUUUACCAGGAUGAUACACCUAUGCCUGCAAAACUGAGCCUUAGCAGAUCUGUAAAAGAGCACAUGAAAGCACCAGAGGAAAGUGCCGAAGGAAGAGAACUUGUGACCAAUGAGAACCACCCUGAGGGUGAAACGAUCUCACUCUCCUCUGAUGAAGAGGUGGAACUCGAAGUCAUUGAAGAGGAAACAACAGCAGUCCGCCUGAAAAGGAGUAGCAUGAAGCGUAUGGAUGACUUCAAGAAGGCAUUCUCCAAGGAGACAGUGGAAAAGGCUAAGCAAAGGACAAGGGAAAAUCUACAGAAGACCCGACUGAGAACAAAGGAGAACAUGGAGAGGACCAGACAAGCGACAAGGGAAAACCUGCAAAAGACAAAGCACACAUUUGAAAAGAAAAUGAACAAGCUCGGCAACAAGAUAGUGACACAAGAAAGGAGAGAGAAGAUGAAGGACUCAAGAGCAAGGCUGAAGAAGUCCUUUACACCAGGUCAUCAGAAAACAGCAAGGUGUCGGACAACCGUCUACAGAAUUCCACCAUUUACAUUUUGGGUUAAGAAGAUGAGAGAUGGGGAUGUGGUGGUACAGGAGGUGGAGAUGAUGGAAGGUCAGGGCGAGGACCACAUGAUAGAAAAUGAAGACAACACUGAGCUUCUUAUUGAAGAAAUCCCUGAGGAAUCAUUGGAGGAAGAUAGAGAUUCAGAAGAGACUGAACUCCUUCUGCUUCAGAAAAGAGGAAUUGAGUAAUGACUUUGUUUAUUGGAAGUGACGUCAUGAGACUCUUGCUAGUUGGCUAAAGCAAAUAAACCAGAAUGGAGGAGUAAAAAGUUUUGGGAAUAGUUGAUUGUAAAGUAUGAAUAAAUUAAGAAAUGAGUGUUGUGCAACAUGGUAAUCCCCUGGUUUUAAUUAUUCCAACUUGUUACCAGUAAGCAUUGCUUUGAUCAGAAAAAGCAAGUUUUGUGUCACCAGCUCCAUUAAAAUACUAAACAGGAUUCCAUUUCCAAAUCAUUUCAGUUUGAAUAAACAACUAUCUAAAAGUACACUUAUGGCUUUUUAAUCUAAAUUAUAAACAUAUUAAAUAAUAAUCCUACAUGAGGGGGAUCAAUCUUGUUUUCAGAAAUGAGAAAUAAAUCAGCAAAAUUAAUGCUUGCUUUCCAAACUGAUAUGAAAGUUGUAAUCAUGAGAAUUCUUACAAUUUGUACUUUUAUUUUUGUGGAGAAGCUUGUAUAUUAUUAAAGAUUUUAAAGGUAAUGAGAUUUUUUCAAUUAUUAUGCAGAUUAAUGCAGAUUAUUAUGGGAUUAGAAUAGAUGGGUGCUUGAUGGCCAGCACGGAGACAAUGGGCUGAAGGGCCUGUUUCUGUGCUGUAUGACUCUAUGACUCUGUCAACCAUAUUUUCUUUUGGAAUUCAUAAUCUUAUUUUAUUGAUUAAUUUUCCUGAGUAACAUGAUUAUGUUCUGGCCAGCUUUUUCAAUUACAAACUCAUAAAUAUUCGUCAACCUUAGUGCAAAAUGAGAUAUUAUUUGCUUUGUUUUCUAGUUGGCAACAGAUAUUGCCAUCAAGAACUAAAUCAUCAAGCAGCAAUGCAGGAUAUACUGUAACUCAAAGCCUUUCUAACCUGAUUUUAAAUGACAAUAGCUUAUGGUAACAGCUGAAAGUAUGGACAAAGCAUUGUCUGAUACAACACAGGCCAGGGCAAAGGCGAAAUUAAUUUUGUUACAAACAAGGAGUUGACUUGAUGCAUCAGGAUGUGGAAAGAAGGCCAGCGAAUUCAGAAUGAUUCAGAAGAUGAUUGUGCAUCAUAUUGCUAUGGCAAUGGAACUUGUUAAAAGUAGAACGAAAUAUUGCUCUUGCCAACGAGCGAGAACGAGAGACCUUGUAUGGCGUCAAUGCUUUUGUCUAUAUAAAGUGAAACAUGUUCUGCAUUCAUCAUACAGCUGGUAUAUCAAUUAGAUGGCAUAUCUUACCUUCGCAGUUUUGUUUAAUUUGCUUUUAUACACAGUAACCAUAGUAAUAGGCAAAGGUGUAAUGCAUUGCAUGUUACAGGCAUUAAAACUGCAUCACUACUGUAUAAUAAUAAUUCAUUUUAAAAAUUUAUAUACAUAAUUAUAUCAAUUUCCUGUAGCAGUUAGUUAUAAAUCAUAGAAGUUAGUUGAUGAUUUGUGGAAGUAACCUUUUGAUUUCUGCAAAGGAGAUUUUGCACCAUACCCAAAUACUUUUAAACUUAUAUUUCUUCAGGCAAUUUUACAAACAGAAAUCCUACACUACAGUUUUUUAAUUACAUUCAGUAUUAUACAAGGUUAUUUUUGCAUCUAUCUAGAAUAUAUUAAAGACCUUAUAUCUGCACAUACUGUUAACUUUUUGCCAUUACAAAUUCCUCUUGUGCACAUUUAAUAAUAGCUGCUGUAAUGACAUCUUCCUGCCAGUAGAAGAUAUGUGGCAUCAUCUCUAGCAGGAAGGUCUAAUCACAGCAUGAAAAGUUUACCUUGGCAGUGCACACUAUAAAUGUGAGCAGAGGAAUUUAUUUUAAAAAUAAAGACACAAUAUAUAACUUUAAAAUGACAACUAAAUUACGGCUGUGCACCUUGAUUUAAUUACCCCCUGCUCAUUAAUCCUGCUUUCCAUAAAGGUCAUACUUGGUCUUUACUGUCCAUGCGUAACACCAUAAGUAAUGUUUUAGCAGACAAUAUGAGAAAAAAAUUGGAAUUAUACUGCAUGAUAUUAGCAUAUUAAUUCUUAAUGUGUUUGUAUGAAAUUCUGUUGUCUGCUAGUUCAACAGGUUAGUUAAUUUGUUUAAGGUAUAGAGUUAUUUUCUCUCUUCAAAUAACAGACGAAGGAUUUUCACACAAGCGCAUUAAAUCCUUGUAGUUAAUAUUGUGCAAUAUGGUUUCAAGGCUGAUAUUCCAAAUAUUGGUUUAACUUGGAUUCCAUGAACAGUCUCCCAUUUUUUUAUUUGGAAGUGGGCAGCUCAAACAUUUUGGAAUUAUAUAUUUUGCUACUUGUAAACAGUAAACAUGUUCCAAACACCGUACUUGAAAAAUGCGCCACAAUUUGUCUCAGAUCUAAAUGAUUUUUGACUCUCGGAAACAGUGUAACACCCGAAGACUUUUAAGGGAUUGGAAAAGGCCAUUAUAUUUAACAUGCCUGACCCAUCUCCAUAGGUCAACAUAGACAUUGCUGCCCUCUCACCAUAUGCCACAAUCCCUCCUCUCACCACACACAUACCCAAUUGGCUAUUUGUCACAUUUAUACUAUCUGUUUCAGUGGUCUUUACUAUUCCACAGCAUAUGUUUCAUUGUCCAUUUUUUUCAUCAAUGCACAACACUGAUUUGCAGUGAUCCAAUGUGCAUUGAUACCUCUUUGCAUCUCACAGAUUCCUGGUUAAAAUUAGAUUAGCUUUAUGGAUCAUUGUUAUGAUGUUAUUUCAAUGCAAGUUUGAAUGCAAAGCAAGUGUUGCAAAGUGGCUGUUCCAUUUUUGUAAAAAGUAUUUUGCAGCAAAAUCUAAAUUUCCAAAAUGUACAUUUCCACCAAUUGUCAAUUUGAUUCUGAAUGCAAAUUGAUAAAUGGAUAACAUGUAUAUGGUAAAGUAUAUGACUGUAUCCUGGAGAUCAGCAUGAAGCAAGGAGCAUAUAUGUAAUAUCUGUAUGUACUAAAAACAUAGAAAAACAGAAUUGCUAUUGAGCUUACAAUUUUUCAAUGCAACAACAGUGUUUAUGAAUAUACACUUCGCAGGAGACUUUAAAUCUUUGCCUUCUAUAUAUUGUAUUUUUAAUGUAGGCAAAUGCUUAACAAUUCAUAAUAAAAAACAAUCUCAUAUACAAGA